UUGACACGGUUCUAAGCAACUGCUGCUCCCCUCCCUGGCCGCUCCGCAGGGGCUGAGCCGCCCCGUCUGCCCCACUCUUUGGGGCGCUGGCCCAGGCCUCCUCCCCUCCCCUCAGGCCCUGCUGGAACCUUCUCUCCCCCCCUUCAGAGGGGCGCUUCUCCCCUUAUUCCUUUCUCCUUAUUUCUCGUGUCAGAUACUUCCCCCCCCCUCUUUUUUUGCACAAUGGCAACUGAGGAGUUAGAAAAAACGCUUUCAGACUUACUGCAGCCUGACAAUGCCAUCAUCCAACAGGCUACAAUUCAGCUGAAAGAGGCCCUCAAACAGCCCUCCGCCCUGUCCCACCUCUGCCAGGUGAUGUCCAACUCUCGGAACCCCCAGAUCCGGCAGUUUGCAGCUGUACUGGUAAGAAGGCGGCUAACCAAACACUGGCGGAAACUCCAUGCAACUGAGCAGGACAUGCUGAAGAAGUUAGUGCUUUCCACACUGCAGCAGGAAGCAGACCACAAGGUCUGCCUCGGCUUAGCCCAGUUGGCUGCUGUUAUCCUGAAGAACGAGACGCUGGAGAAAUGGCCGCAGCUGCUUCAGCUUAUUCAGCAUGGAGCCCGUUCUCGGGACCCCACCCAAUGUCAGGUGGGAUUGCUGCUGCUGAAUUCCGCUUUGGAGCUGGACCCCGAGGUCUUUGCGCCUCACUACAAGGACCUCUUGCGCCUCUUCCACCAGACGCUGAGCGACCGCAGCCAACCAGCCACCCUCUACUACUCGCUGCGUAGCCUGAGCACCAUGGCAGCAGGGCUGGGCUCUGAUGAAAUGAAUCUCAUGUCUUCGAUGGUGCCCAAACUGAUAUUGGCCAUCCGAGAACUGAUCCGUGUCAAUGAGGCCCAAGCCAGUGAAGUGAUGGAGGUGUUCGAUGAACUCAUGGAGACCGAAGUGUCCAUCAUUGUUCAGCAUCUCUCUGAGGUCGUUGGUUUUUGUCUGGAGGUGGCUUCUAAUCCGGCCUUGGGCGACAACCUGCGGGUGAAAGCCUUGUCCUGUAUCAGCUUCCUCAUCAAACUCAAGGGCAAGGCCAUCCUGAAGCACAAGCUUCUGCCGCCCAUCCUGAACGCCCUCUUCCCCAUCAUGAGCGCAGAGCCGCCCCCGGGACAGAUGGAUGCCGAGGAUGAGCUGACGGAGGUGGACAUCGAGGAUCGGGCCGAAGUCCAGACGCCCAAGCACUUUGCAGCCCAGGUGGUGGAUAUGCUGGCCCUGCACCUCCCCCCGGAGAAGCUCUUCCCCCAGCUGACGCCGCUGAUGGAGCCCGCGCUCUUGAGCCCAAACCCAUACCAUCGCAAGGCUGGACUCAUGUGCUUAGCGGUGCUGGCCGAAGGCUGCGGGGAUCACAUUCGGACCAAGCACCUCCAAGCCAUGCUGCAAGUAGUGUGCCGGGCACUGUCGGACGACAGCCAGGUGGUGCGCAACGCGGCCCUCUUUGCUCUGGGGCAGUUUUCUGAGAACCUGCAGCCUGACAUUGCCCGCUACUCCGACGACAUCAUGCCGUUGCUCUUGCGCUACUUGGAGGGGGUGCAGCUGGCACAUACCAGCCACCUGGCCAAAGCCUACUACGCCCUGGAGAACUUUGUGGAGAACCUCGGAGACAAGAUCUCACCCUACCUCCCAGCCCUGAUGGAGCGGAUGCUCACCACCUUGAGCUGUCCUGGCAGCCCCCGCACCAAGGAGCUGGUGGUUAGCGCCAUUGGAGCCAUCGCCCAGGCUGCCCAGGGGGCACUCCUGCCAUACUUCCAAGUCAUCAUGGACCACCUAACAGGUUACCUCCUAACCACACGGGAAGACCUCCGGCCAGUUCAGAUUCAGUCUGUGGAGACGCUGGCCAUCCUGGCCAGCUCCAUGGACAAGGAAGUCUUCCUGCCGCUGGCUGAGAAAUGCUGUCAGCUUGGCCUGGACCUCUGUGACCAAGUGGACGACCCAGACUUGCGGAGAUGCACGUACAGCCUCUUUGCCUCGCUCUCUACCGUGCUGGAGGAGUCCAUUGCACCGUACCUGCCUCGAAUCACCACUCUUAUGAUCUAUUCUCUCAAGUCUACCGAGGGUAUUGAGCCUCACCUUGGCACUGGGAGUUCUUUUCUCUUGUUCGACGACGAGGAAGAGGAGGCCGAAGUGGAAGGAGAUGAAAGCCUUACUGAUGAGGAAGAGGACGAUGAUUCAGAGCUCACGGGGCUGAGUGUGGGAAACGCCUUUAUGGAUGAAAAAGAAGACGCCUGCGUGGCCUUGGGAGAGAUCGCCAUCAAUGCCAGUGUGGCCUUCCUGCCUUUUAUGGAGAAUUGCUUCCAGGAAGUCUUCAAGCUGUUGGAGUGCUUCCACAUCAAUGUGAGGAAAUCUGCUUUUGAUGCUCUGGGGCAUUUCUGCAUCUCGUUGCAUCGGGUCUGCGAGCAUGACCCAUCCGAGCCCCACAGUGCUGCUCAGCAGAAGAUGCUCUCUGUGGUGCUGCCGGCCUACAUUAAAGGGAUCCGGGAGGACAAGGAGCGCCAGGUGGUGAUGGCCAUUCUGGAGACCCUGGUCAAGCUGGUGAAGGCGUGCCAACAAGAGGCCUUCUGGGAACCCGGGCGACUGGCCGAACUGUGUCGGGUGAUCCGGGAGGUGCUGGAGAAAAAAACAGCCUGUCAAGACACUGAUAUGGACGAUGAUGACGAAGAGGAGGAGGAGGAAGAGGCUGAAUACGACGCAAUGUUGGUUGAGUAUGCUGGGGAGGCAAUCCCUGCCCUUGCCGAAGCGGUCGGCGGAGAGACCUUCGCUCCGUAUUUUGCUGGCUUCCUGCACUUGCUCCUCAACAAGAUGAAACCCAGCUGUUCUGCAUCAGACAAGUCCUUUGCGGUGGGCACAGUAGCAGAAGCAGUCCAGGGCUUAGGCCGGGCAACCAGCCCCUUCGUGCCACGCUUGCUGCCAUUGUUGAUGGGGGCCGCCCGCGAUGCAGACAAGGAGGUGCGCAGCAAUGCCGUCUUCGGGCUGGGUGUGCUGGCGGAACACGGUGGAGAAGCCAUGUAUGAACAUUACCCCAAACUGCUGGGGCUUUUGUCCAAUCUCAUUGCGCAGGAGCAGAACAAUCGGGUGGCUGACAACGUCUGUGGGGCCGUCGCACGGAUGGUGAUGGCCAACCCAGGAGGGGUCCCCAUUGGGCAGGUUUUCCCGGUGUUGCUCCGUGCUCUCCCGUUGAAGGAGGAUUUUGAAGAAUACAAGACUGUUUUCCGUUGCAUCAGCUUUAUAUAUGAACACGACCCUCAGCAGGUGUUGCAGCAGAUUGAGGAUAUUAUGCAGGCCAGCAGCUCUGUCCUGAAAACAAAGAACCUCCCAGCAGAUGGCCACAACACCCUGGUAAUGCUUCUCCGCAACCUUGCCAGCCACUGGCCAGCCAAAUUCCAGUCGGCCAUGCUCUCGCUGCCUUCAGAAGCCCAAGCCCUGCUCAGUGCUGCUGUCGGCACCAGUUGAGGAUGAGGAGGAAGGGGCAAGGGGGCCCUGCUUCCCUGGGCUCCAUACAGUUGAAGAUUUCUCCUAGACACCGGAAUCUUUCUCCCAGACACAGUGCUGUAUGGACUUUGGGGACUCACCGACCCUUGACAAGAACGCCACUUCCUCCUGUUUUGUGCUUUUGGGUUCCUGUUGCCAGCGGGAGGCUUCUGACUCGCUCCGCAGCAGGUGUUCUUGUAUCCCUUGGUGGCUGAGGUCCUCUCCAUGUUUGCCAUACUCUUUCGGUGCUGUUUUUUGGUUGGUAAGCUGGUUCCAGGAGAGAACUUUUUCACACACACACACACACACGCAGGUGCCUCCGAGCUGAAAUGGUCACGGGCAGGCAUGCCCUGGUCUCCACCUGUUGUAUUGUCAGUCUUUCCUGCCUGUUAGAGUUGCUGUCUGGGCAGCAAUCUUGGCAGGUUUGCCUGUCGCAGUUUCUUGAUUUGGCUGGCAGCGCCACGACAGACCUCUCUCACAAGUCCCUGUGUGUUCCAGCCUUUGUUUUCCACUACAGACCAUCCCAACCGGUUUGCCUGAAUUACUUAGGGAAAUCUUCGUUGCCAAAUUGAAGUGUAGCUAGCCAAAAUGAGUGGACCCACAGGCGACAGUUGCCCACAUUUGGCUUUGGUGAGCAAACCCAGCUUGGCAGUUGGUCUUCUGUUUAUUGACAAGGUCUCCAAUAAACAGGAGACCAAUUGACAAGGUCUCCUAUUUAUUGACUCCCAGCAGUGGUGGGGACAAGGGAGGCCAUUACAUUGUUGAGCCGAAGCAGGUUUUGUUUAUGGGAGCCCGUUCACCUGUCCAUGUCCUGAACGUGCUCCUUUGUGACUGAUGGUGUUUCUAAUGGAAGGAGGGGAAGGGAGUCAAAUGAAUUUUCUCCUGUUGGGCCGCUGCCCCUAAAAAGGGCGUGAGCUGGUUUUCAGGCCAUCCAGCCCAAUAUUUCCUCCUUUCGCAAACAAGAAGUGUGUGGGUGUGCGUGUCAGACUUUUAUCAGCCCUUCUGAAGCAGACCAAAACAGAGAGGGGGGGUAGAGUGACUCAGAGCGUGAGCCAUUUCCCCUCCGACUGCCAGGCCAAAGAGUUCAGUCAGUUGCACGUGACAAUUUACCAGUCUUGGUGUUCUCCCCUUCACUUGCCAUGGUGUGUGUGUAAAUAGUUCAGUUCUGUUCGAAUGGAAAUGCCGCCUGUACACUUUCUGGUCACCAAAACAGCCAGUCAGCUAUUUUCAGGGUGUCCUACCAACCCCUUCUGACUCAUAGUUCACACAAUCGACUGGUUCCGCUGCCGUGAUGAUUUGCCUCCCUCCUCCUUGUCGGUGGGCAGUUGAGCCCAACUGUUGGAGCUUUCCUCUUAUUUUCCUUGCCCUGUUGGGAACCAUUUCCAGAACUGCUACCCUCCUUGCUCUGCGGUCAUUUGCAGGGUGAUUGCCAAAACGUUUAUUCUUUAGCAAGUAUUGGAUUGUUCUUGUGUUAAGCUGGAGGCCUGGGUUGAAACAGGGCUCAGUUAUGACCUCUUGUUUGUAUUUAACAUUUUACGUUCUAGUUUGGUACUUUUUGAAAGAGUGAGAGAGAGAAAAUAUAUAUUGUGUACCUUGCAAUAAAAAAAAAUAACUUA